CUUGAAUUUUUUCAGUGAGCAAGAAAACUUCCUCAAAGCCUGCUGGUCAUCCCCUAGAGGAACAAUUCACAAUAAAGCAUACUCAGUCAUAGAGUAAACUUCCAUUGGACAGCUGACAUGAUGCCUGGAGGAGAGGUGGCCUACACUGUGCUGGAGGUGAUGAUCGCCAUUGCCUGCUGCCUGGGAAAUGUGCUGGUUAUCUGGGCAGUGUGGUCAAGCAGUGCUCUGCGGCAGCCCACCUUCUGCUUUAUGGUUUCUCUGGCUGUGGCUGACUUUCUCGUAGGGUCUGUGGCAAUGCCGCUGGCUGUACUGGUGGAUGGACGGGUGCAGACCUCAUUCAAUGUCUGUCUCUUCAUUAGCUGUGUGGUCAUCAUGUUGACAGUGGCCUCAGUCUUGUCUCUGCUAGCCAUUGCUGUGGACCGAUACCUACGCGUCUUCAUCCCUCUCAGGUACAAAAAGACGGUAACAGAGAGAAGAUCUUGGGUGGUAGUUGCAACAUGUUGGUUUGUUGCUUUUAUAUUGAGCUUCCCUCCCAUGUUUGGAUGGUACAAUCCUGAAACGUUGUCUCACUCAGAGAACUCAACCACAAUCCUCUGCCAUUUCUUGGCUGUGAUUCCCAUGUCAUACAUCAUUUACUUCAAUUUCUUCCUCUGCAUCCUCACCCCGUUAAUUGUCAUGGCUGUCCUGUACAUCUCCAUCUUCUGUGCCAUCUGGAGGAACCUGAGGGAGAAAGCAGGGCACAGGGCCCAGUCCCACACCUACUUCAGGAAGGAGAGGAGCCUGGCCCAAUCCCUGGCUCUGGUCCUGGUGCUGUUCGCCUUCUGCUGGCUCCCCCUGCACAUUAUGAACUGUGCUGCCUACUUUGGCAGCCCGUCAGACAUACCCCACACAGCCUUCUAUGUGGGCAUCCUCCUUUCCCAUGUCAAUUCAGCGGUCAACCCAGUCGUCUAUGCCUUCAAGAUCCGCAGGAUCCAGGGAGCGUACCUGAGGAUCUGGAGGAGGUUCUUUGUGUGCCGUGAUGACAACCAGGGCUCUCAGAGCAAUCAAUCCACUGAGCACAAUAUCAGCAGCAACCCUAACAAUGUGAGCUAGGGAUAGUUCAUGAUGUGUUAAAUGCUAAUCCCACAGAUUUAUUCUCUGAUACUUUGAAAAAGACAAUCCCAGGGAUGCAGAUCAGAUUAAGUGGUCUACAUCAUUAAUAUCAUAAUGAGCAUUAUCUUAUCAUCAAAACCAUACUCACAUUAUAAUUAGAUUCUUUACUAAAACUUUAGCUGACAAAAUUGUUAUUUUUAUGUUUUUACUUCAGUUUCCAUUGAUUUUAUCAAACAUAAUACAGCUGACCACAUGUUGGAUUUGUCUUUUCUCCGUGCUUUGAAUGGCACAAGCUGUCUGCGAUGGAUGGUAGAGUUACUACAAUCCAAAUUGGCCACACAAUCCAUGCUCGAUUUUCGUUGCUUUUAAAUCAGCCCUACAGACGUCCUGAAAGGUUGAAAUACAAAAAAGGGAUCAAUAAAUAUGCGUGAGUUUGUCUGAUUUGGAAACAGAUUAUACCAAACAAACGGGCUGCUCCAUCUGUGUUGAUAGGUAGCCGAUAUUCUUUGUCAGUGUGAGACAGAGGGGGACGUCACUAUAGUGAAAUUUGUGUAUGCAGUGCCACAAAUUCAGCAAUUUGUUGAUUUGUUGACACAUUUAAACAGUAUAUGACAAGUAAUCAUGUACUAUCAUGCACCCUCUGUUUGUAACAGACCGCUAGAAAAUGAAUGGCAGCGGACGGGGGUAAGCUAGCAAUGUUAACUAUGCCUUUCCCUAACCCUAACCCUUACCUUAACAUCACAAAAGUAUACUUAACCUUAAUGGUGAAACUGCCAUGUCCGUUUGCGAUAUUACUCUAAUAAAAAACAUGAGCUGGCGCACACCCAGAGAAAAUUAUUUUAUGUAGAGUUGUUGAAUAAACUAUAAACUAACGGUGAAUAAACUGUAAGCUAUAAAAACAAAGGGUUUUUAUGUUGGGUAAAUCCCCAACAUUUCGGCAUCACUACCCUGAAGAAGGCACAGUGAUGCCGAAACGUUCAUGAUUUACCCAAUAAAUUACUGGGAGUUUAUAUAUAGAAUGUGCGACUCUAUUUUUAUAGCUUAUCGUUUGCUAUAUUACAACAACAAAAAGGUUACUUCAAACAACAUUUAUUUUUUUCCUCUGACAUCAUUGCAUGUUCGAUAGAACAUCAGAGUAUGCACUGCAUGUUUUGCCACGAUGCUGGAUGCUCCUCUCUGUUUCACCAACAAAACAAAAACACAUUUGCUGGGGCAAAGAGUGGUGCUGUUUGCCCUCAUGCAGAUUUCAUUUGACUGCCCUUUCCUGCAGUCAAAUGAGCUAGUGGCCUCAUGGGUGGAAUGUUAUUUAUAUUUUUCAUUUAUGAACAUUAUUAUUUUUAAUAAUCUGAUGUUUCUAUGUCAAACAGUUUUGUUAUAUUUCAGUCUUCUAUAAUGUAUAUAAAGUGUAAUAUUGGGAUGCAAACGCAAAAUUGAAUACAUUUCAGCUCUAUAUCUGACAUGGUACAGGUGGGUUUUUUUUUAACCGUGUGUGAGGUGUAUAUUGUUACAUAGUAGAUUUGUUUAAGACUACCGAGAAACACUCUGUGGGAACCUGAUUUAGCCCACGGCAGUAAAAAGUGAAAGGGAUAGUUCACCCAAAUUAAAAAAAAUCAUAUAUUGGUUCUCUUUACCUGGUAAACAUUAUAUGUACAAGAAAUGACAGCAAUCCGUUUUUUGAAGUACAAAGUGUUUGUUAGUGUCACGGUUGUCGUCGGUUAAGGAGGACCAAAACGCAGCAGGAAUGUUGACGCUCAUCUUGUGUAUUUAUUUACCAACUAAGUGAACACAAAAACAAGAAACAGUCUUGAAAGGCACACUCAGCAAAACAAGAAACAAUCUCCCACAAACACACAGACAAACACACCCAAGUAAUAUAGGACUUCCAAUCAAAGGCAACACCACACAGCUGCCUUCAAUUGGAAGUCCACCCCAAUUAACUCUACAUAGAAACAGACUACCUAGACUAAACAUAGAAUUACAUAAACAUAGAUCAUAAACCAAAAACCCGGAAAUACUAAAUCAAACGCCCUUUUACCAAAACACCACCCCGAACCACAUAAAACAAAUACCCUCUGCCACGUCCUGACCAAACUACAAUCACAAUUAACCCUUAUACUGGCCAGGACGUGACAGUUAGGUGUUAAGCCCGUGUCAAAAUGUUUUCAAAACUGUAACGUUUACUUUAAUUCGGAAUAUUACAUCGUGGAACAUACAGUAUAUAGUCAGGGCCUGACCUCCAGGAGGUCCCCAUUGAUUUUGUUAGUCAUUCUCACUAAGAUAUCAUAUUAACAUGGCGUAAGUCAUUACAAAAUAAAGAACAUAUGUAGAGUUGCAUAAAAUGUGUUUUAAAACUGCACAAAUGUCUCUCCUCCUUGUCACGUCCUGACCAGUAAAAGGGGUUAUUUGUUAUUGUAGUUUGGUCAGGACGUGGCAGGGGGUGUUUGUUUUGUGUGUUUGGGUGUUUGAUGUAUGUUCUAUAUUUUAUAUUUCUAUGUUCCCUAUCUAUGUGUUGUAUUUCUUUGUUUUGGCCUGGUAUGGCUCUCAAUCAGGGACAGCUGUACAUCGUUGUCACUGAUUGGGAGCCAUACUUAGGUAGCCCUUUUUCCACCUGUCUUGUGGGAAGUUGAUUUUGCAUUGCUGUGUGUUAGCCUGCAAAGCUGUCUAGCUGUCAUUCCUUUUUUGUUUAAGUGUUCAAUAAAAGUAAAAAAUGAGCACUCAA